UACGCGUGUUUUGACAUGUAGGCUACUGUCUCACCGGGAACAUUACUUCAAAAUAACCAGCGACCUUUUACGCGAUUUCACUGACCGUUUUCCGAAAACCAACUGUUUUGUGUAGGCUACGAGAGCCAGAUAGUUCUACGCUUUCUACGUUUGUGUAUGAAAGGCAUCAUCUAUGAGCUACAAUGAAGCAGAACCCAAAGACUGUAAGAAUGUGGAUGAUCAUCUGUCUUUUGUUCAGUUCAGGUCUAGCAACAUUAGAGAAUGACAGAGACUUUAAGAUGUGUGGAAUAUGGCGCCAUGGCUACGCAUCCCGAAAUCUGAAGUAUGAUUUGAAAACAGGCUGUGAGAAAAUUGAGAUUUCAGCAAAUGAGAGCACACUCUCUAUUCGGGGCAGGAUCACAGCGAAGUGCACGCGGUCUUCAUCCAUUCACCUAGAUUCAAACGCUCUUCAAAAUCAAAGUAAUUUCUGUGUGUUCUGGGAGCCGCUGCUGGACCUGCUGAUAGUGGAGGUGAAUGGAAAGAAUCACACUCUGUGUGAACCAAAAGGCCUUCAAGGAUCCUGCUGCACUGACCUCUCACUGGGGGACCAGAAAGAUGCUAGUGUGUAUGGUAUUAUGAAUGGCAGCACCCAUGGUGAUAUCAUCAAGAACGAUGUAAUGGAAAUAUAUACAUUUCGAGGGGGUUCAAUCAACUGCAAAGAGAAGUUCUGUGAUGAGGCAAGUCAGAAGCCCAGAGGAGCAAACAUGAUAGAGGAAGUAGUGAUGAAAUCCAAUACAACAGGUCAUGUGGAUCUACCUUGUGCUCAGAGCACAGUUAUUGAGAUGGAAGAGGGCUUCACAGGACUCAAUUUAACUCUGCCAGCCCAUCCAUCUGUAGCCCCAAACAUGAUACCCUCUGUUUAUCUUCCCUCUUGCCUGAAAUCAGCAACAAAGAUCAAAUCCAAAGUGGUGUGUACUUACUACAAGGAACAGAAAUUAUUUCAGAGGGGACCUUCUGAUUCAACUCUUCUGGAUGACAUAGUUGGACUCUCUGUAGAGAACGAGAUCAUCAAAAACCUCCCAGAACCUGUCAAAAUCCUGUUCCAUCACAUUCCCUUACCAGCUAACUGUUCUGGAAGAUGUGUUUCAUGGGACACAAGAAAAGACAAAGAAGUGAUUUGGAGAUAUGAUGGUUGUAAUACGCUUAAAAUCAAUGAAAGAGAGACAGAAUGUCAUUGUGAUCACCUUACAUACUUCGCUAUUCUUGUGCAAGUGGAACAGAAGGCUACGGUUCGCCAUCUAGAGGCUCUGACGUUCAUUACCGCUGUGGGCUGUGCCGUGUCUAUAGUUAGCUGUUUGGUUCUCUUCUAUUGGCUCUGUAAACUCAGAAAAGGGAAGAAAAACCAGACCUCGCUGGUGCACCGUGGUCUGGUGGUGGCAAUAUUUUUUUUGUGCUUGUUCUUCAUCCUUACCGGUACAAUAGCCAAUGUUGGAAAUGAAACUGUUUGUAAGAUAACGGGAGCUCUUCUGCAUUACUCGCUACUCAGUACACUCUGCUGGAUGGCUAUGGAAGUGUUCCACACGUUCUUGUUAGUCCGCAAGGUGUUCAGCUCAACACCUCCAUGGGUCUUUUACUUGGGGGGAUUUGGUCUCCCAGCUCUGCUAGUUGGUAUACUGUUCUCAAUAGGGGGUAUUUAUGGCGAAAGGAAUAUUGUACCUAGUGAAAAUAUCACCCUUCCUUACCGCAUGUGCUGGAUGUUGAAUACUGACAAAAGCCAACUGGCCCAUUACAUCAUUAAUGUUGGCUUACUGGCUGUUGUGGUGAGCUCUGGAGCAGUCAUGCUUUUCCUUGUGGUGAAGGAGAUCCGCAAUCGACCCGAUUGGAAGAAGAUUCAUGUGGCUUUUCUCAGUAUCUGGGGUCUCACUUGUCUGUUUGGCACAACAUGGGGCCUCGGCUUCCUCAGUUUUGCCCCUCUCUCAGAGGCCACCCUCUUCCUCUUCUGUAUUAUCAAUUCUUUACAAGGAUUUUUUCUAAUGCUGCGAUACUAUGCUCUUGAGCGGAUAAAAAAGAAAGAUGUCUCCAGUUCGGAUGGGAGCAGUUCUGGAUCUUCAAAACAGCAUAUGCUACAUACUCAUGAAAAUAGUUAAAAUUUUGAUGAUGCUCAAACAGUGUCUUUCUGAAAUUGCCAAAUUUCCAGAGUUUUUAUCAUGAAACAUUAUCCACAAAGGGCAUUUAAAGAAACUCUCUUAUCCUGCUGGUCAGGAAGUUCCUCAGAUGACAUUGAGUCUCAGAGUGUUGGGUAAUUGAGCAUAAAUGCUUCACCUGUCAUAAGCUGUAUUUCUGUAUUCAUAUUCUUAGUAUGAGUAUGAUAGUUUGUUUCAUUUUCUCAUGCGAACCUUGCACUUUAGCUUUUUUUUUUUUUUACUACUGUGUAAAACUGCUGUAUUCAUUGUGAUAGCAAAUCCCUUUCAGUAAUAAAUAAAAAAUAAUAUAAUUUUGUCGUCUCUCUAAAAAACAGUAGUGAGUUGUGUGAGAUGAGUUAGGGUGUCUGUGCAAGUUUAAACUGCCAAAAAAGUGCAUUCCUCAAUUGUGUAUUUUCAGAAUCAAGGUAAAAUAGCUCGGCAAACUCUGUAUUUUUUUUGUUUAAGACAUAAUUUGCACUUUUGUUUAUUCUUCAGAGUCUUGUAAUGAAGCAAAGUAAAGCACAAACUUUACAUUUUAGUUUGUAUUGUUGUAUGUAUUUGUGACUUUUUAUGUGUAUUUCUGUUGGAAUAUAAUAAUAUGUAAUACAUAAUAUCAAUAUU